AUGUAUAAAGGCAAGGAAAAAUUUUUGGAAAAAUUGAAACCAUGUCAACUUAGAAAUGAAAAAUUAGAGUGCCUAACUAACAAUUUUAAAAUAACUGACGAUCGAGGAUCGUUGCUGUUUUCUGCUGAUAGAAAAGAGGUUUUAGUGGGAUCCGAAACUCUUCGAGUCGUCGGAGAGGGUGGAACAAGUUUCAGCGGAUCUGUACAAACGACAUUGGUCAGAGCCGAUGCUGGCCAUGAGCUAAGAUUAGAGUCUCCUACCAGAUCACUGGAGAUAAAAGCCGCAAAGAGGAUCCACAUGGAAUCUCAGGGAGGCAAGAUUCGAACGAUCUCCUUCAACGAUUUGACCCUUCAUUCUGAAGUGGGGUCCAUCAAAUUAGAAACAAGUUCAAUUCUAAUGCCAUUGAUACCAACAGCUAAGGUGAUGUCACGAGCAGCCACCAGUGACACAUACGAUAUUUAUCAGCUCUGCGUUUGCGAAAGUGGCAAAUUAUUUCUUGCUUCCCCCCAUCUAGUGUGUGCUUCUGAAAAUGACGAUAGGUUGUGCCGAUAA